AUUUUCAUCGCAGUUCAUUGUUCAACAACAACAACAGGGGUUUUUUUGAUUCUCUGUCUUGUCCAAAGAGAUGUUUCAGAUUUCAAAGACCAAACUUUGUUUCCCACUCUCAACAUUCACCAAGAGAUACUCCUCAUUUCAAGCUACUCAAUCGGUGAUCGACAAGGCUGCAAUCGAUGGGGAGCUGAGAGUUUUCAUUGUCUCCGGCGAAGUUUCCGGCGAUAACAUCGGUUCUCGUCUUAUGUCCUCGCUUAAAAAGCUCUCUCCUUUACCCCUUCGUUUCAAUGGAGUUGGAGGAUCCUUGAUGUGCAAGCAAGGGUUAACUUCUUUGUUUCCAAUGGAAGAUUUAGCUGUAAUGGGUAUGUGGGAGCUUUUGCCACAUUUGUAUAAAUUCCGUGUGAAGUUGAAGGAGACUAUUGAUGCUGCGGUUAAGUUUAAGCCACAUGUUGUUGUGACUGUUGAUUCAAAGGGCUUCUCUUUUCGUGUACUUAAGGAGUUACGAGCUAGAUACAAUCGGCAGCAGUUGGAAAAUUCUCCUGUGCAUUUUCACUAUGUUGCACCGUCGUUCUGGGCUUGGAAAGGAGGAGAGUCAAGACUUGGAGGUCUGUCUGAAUUCGUUGAUCAUCUUUUUUGCAUUCUUCCGAACGAGGAAAAGGUUUGUAGGGAACAUGGGGUUGAAGCAACCUUUGUUGGACAUCCUGUUCUUGAGGAUGCUUCUGAGUUCAACCUUGUAUGCGGUUUCUUCCUCUUCUUCUUGAAUUACCUCAGUUUCUAUGAUACUCUCUCAGAUUCCUUAGUGAAAUUGGUGCUCAUUGCUGCCACAGGGAGCAGAUUACAAGAAGUUGAAAGAAUGCUACCCAUAUUUUGUAAAGCAAUGAAGCUACUCAAAGACCCGUUUCCAAAACUACUAACGCUCAUCCAUGUUGCAUCCAAUAAUCAAGUUGAUCAUUACAUUGGAAAAUCCCUCAGUGAGUGGCCAGUUCCAGCAAUACUAGUCCCUAGUGGAACCACUCAGCUUAAAUAUGAUGCCUUUGGCGUGAGUCAGGCUGCAUUAUGCACUUCAGGAACAGUUGCUGUUGAGUUGCAGCUUGCUCGUCUACCUUCCCUUGUUGCUUACCGAGCACAUUUUCUAACAGAGCUAAUAAUCCGUUACAAAGCCAAGAUACCUUAUAUUUCUCUUCCAAACAUUCUCCUAGACUCCCCAAUCAUUACUGAAGCUUUGUUUCAAGCUUGCAACCCUUCAAAUCUCGCCUCAAUACUAGAGAGACUACUCUUGGAUGAAAAGAUGAGAGAAAGACAAGUUGUUGGUGCUGAGAAGUUGAUACAGCUCUUGCAUCCGUCAGAAAGCAGAAUGGGCAACUCAAUUCAUUGCACUGGUUUGGAAUCUCAUCGAUAUACACCAAGCAUUUUAGCAGCUUCGACUAUUCUUAGUUAUGUCAAGCACUAAAAACUCUCGUCAAUCAUAUUCCUUGCUUGUAACACUUAGCUUUUUUGGUCAUACAUUGUCAUAACUCAUAAGGACCCCCCUUGUUUGACACUAGAGUACAUUGAGAUUAUUUUCUCAGCUCUGUUAUUCUUGCUAUAUGUUGGAAUUUUUAUCAUAAGAGUUCUAACAUAUGAUAAAUUACAGUUAAAGGC